AAAUAGUAUUGUUUUACUUGUAAUGGUAUUGGUGAAUCAGAAGUCUUGCAAAUUAUAAAAAAAAAAUAGGAACUGGUAUUGUAAAAUAAGAUGGAUAGGGACUGUAUGGAUGUGCAACUUAUUAGAUUUAUGUAUUUUUAAAUAUUUUUAUGUAGUGUUUUUUCAUUCUGUUUUUAAAAUACUAUACCUUCAACUCUGCAGAUACAAGAAAUGGAGAGUGGCUCGAGGCGACAAAGGCUAAAGCCUAUGCAAGAUGCAGAAGACCACAUUAAGUCAAGAAUUGACAAGCCAAAUCUUGAGCAGCGAUACAUCAACAGAUUUAAAGGACGAGGAGUGUUCACCAAGCAAUUCAUUUUAAAAGGGGAUUUUGUGGUUGAGUAUAAAGGCCUAUUCACACAGGAACAAGAAUCCUCUGGAGUGUUUCUUUUUGACUUUCCAUGGAAAGGACAAAUGUGUUGCAUGGAUGCAUCGGAGGAGGAUGGCAGUCUGGGAAGGCUUGUAAAUGACAGUAACAAACCUAACUGCAAAAUGAAGGUUGUAACAUUCAAUAACAGCCCACACUUGUGCCUUUUUGCUAUUUUGGAUAUUUUUCCUGGGGAAGAAGUCACCUACAACUACGGACCAUCAGAAUGGCCGUGGAGAUCCCAGAUGAAUACAGAUGUUGCAGACAAAACUCCCUGUUUGGCAGAAGCAAGUGCAGAACAGUGACUGAAAGUGUUGAACAUCGGGGGAAGAAAAGAAUAUGGUCAAAAGCAGAAGUUGCUGCUGUGAUGCGGCAUUUUAAAAUCCACAUAGCCAAAGGUCAUUUGGCGACAAAAUCUGAGUGUCUUCAAUGCAAAUCUGCUGAAGAGCAUGUGCUACAAAACCGGUCAGUACAAAACAUUAGGGAUUUUGUGAGAAACAGAGGUAUAACAGCCAAAAGGAGAAGUCAGUAUGAAAG